CGCCUGACAUCUCGCCAUUUCCGUCCGCUGAAGGGGAGAACGAGGAAGGUUUUAUUAGUUCUUUUCAGGUCGCACAGUAAUACAUGCUUUACAUGUUAAUUUGUUCCGUUUAGGUCUUUAGAGCUCACUAUAAGAUGGCAUCGCCAUCAAUUUCAACUGUUUCUAUCAGUUCCAUCGCCUCUUAUGGCCCUCAGGCUGGCUUGAGAUCAGAGCAUAAAUCCUCUGCCUUGGGCUUUAAUGCUGCAAAAUUCUUAAAGUGUUUCAGUGGUCUGAAAGCAGCGGCAUCCGUUAACCUUGAAUCAGAUGCCUCCUUUUUGGGCAGAGAAAGCAAUGCUGCUCUCUUGGCAUCAUCUAUUCCAAAAGUGCAACAAAGUCAGAGGGCUUCAAACCAGUUCCAGCCCCAAGCGUCAUUUAAGGUGGCUGUCCUUGGAGCAGCUGGAGGAAUUGGGCAACCUCUGGCUCUUCUGAUCAAGAUGUCUCCUCUUGUCUCAGCACUUCAUCUCUAUGAUAUAGCAAACGUCAAAGGAGUGGCUGCUGAUCUUAGCCACUGCAACACUCCCUCUCAGGUCUUGGAUUUCACAGGGCCAUUGGAGUUGGCUAACUGCUUGAAAGGAGUUGAUGUGGUUGUUAUCCCUGCAGGAGUUCCAAGGAAGCCAGGCAUGACACGUGACGACCUAUUCAAUAUCAACGCCAACAUUGUAAAGUCCCUGGUGGAAGCUGUAGCUGAUAAUGCACCAAACGCUUUCAUUCACAUCAUUAGCAACCCGGUAAAUUCUACCGUCCCUAUAGCUGCAGAGGUUCUGAAGCAGAAGGGGGUCUAUGAUCCAAAGAAGCUUUUUGGUGUCACAACACUUGAUGUUGUUAGAGCAAACACAUUUGUUGCUCAACAGAAGAACCUCAAGCUCGUUGAUGUGGAUGUCCCUGUCAUAGGUGGUCACGCUGGGAUUACCAUCUUGCCGUUGCUCUCAAAGACGAGGCCUUCUGUGACAUUCACGGAUGAAGAAGUAGAACAACUGACUGUGAGAAUCCAGAAUGCUGGAACUGAAGUGGUGGAGGCCAAAGCUGGUGCUGGCUCUGCAACUUUAUCCAUGGCAUACGCAGCUGCUCGUUUUGUUGAGUCAUCUCUUCGAGCUUUGGAUGGUGAUGGUGAAGUUUAUGAGUGCUCAUUCGUUCAGUCUGAACUCACCGAGCUGCCCUUCUUUGCGUCAAGAGUUGAGCUUGGGAAGAAGGGAGUUGAAGCUGUGAUCUCUGCUGAUCUCCAUAGGUUAACUGAAUAUGAGGCAAAAGCUCUGGAAGCCCUCAAACCGGAGCUGAAGGCCAGCAUUGAGAAGGGUGUGGCAUUUGUCGAGAAGCGGGCAGCAGUAGCUGCUAAUUGAUACCGAUUCUCUUUUGGUCUUUCUUCUCAUUUAAUAGUCAUACAAGAAUAAUGAUAGAGCUAUGCUCUAGUCUUUGCAGUUUUGCAGUCGUAGAAAAUAUCAUCUAUUUCAUCUUGCUUAGUGAGAUUUUAGGCAAGGCUGAUGGGUUGGAAAAUGUUCAUGAUGAUAAACAAAAAGAGGAAAUAUUAGCAUCUUGAAGCUCUCUGCCGUUAGCUGCAUUGGUAUGUCAUCAUGCAGCUCAUCAAGUUCUCUUUAUUGAAUCCUGCUGUUGUUGAACAUGUCAUAAAAGCACUAAAAGACCAUUUGGUACCUCUGUAUCGAAUUCCGGUCCUCUUUUCAUGAUGGUCAUUUGUGAUGUGGCCAUACUUUUCAAUUCCCUUCCUGUUCUUUCUGUUAUGUGCAUGCUAAAAUAAACCAUGUUAAAUACUUUUUCUCCGAGGAACCAUAAUUUUGUUGUAGAUUAUAAUGAUGGUAAAAAUUUGCCUCGUUACUGAACGAAGUGGAUUAUGUACGAGUUAUAUUUCCACAAGGAUUCUGAAAAGGUGAUGGACAACAGACAGAAGGCAAGCAAAGCAAGGAAAUCAUUGAUCUAUUCUGUAUAUUGUAUCGUAUGCUGAUUUCUACACAGAUGAUGACGAUGUGAUCUACUCAAAUAUAGUGCAAAUCUUCCCUGUGGAA